AUGACUGACGAGAAAUUAAAGCAGAUCUGCCGUAACGCAACCGGAACAGCCGGUAUCAUCACAGAAUGCCGGAUAUGGAAGGAUACAGAAAAAGUUGAUGCAAAGGGGAAUCCACGUUCGAAAGGUUUUGCCUUUGUGAAUUUUGCUGAGCACAAGGAUGCUCUAACAUGUCUGCAGAAACUCAACAAUAAUCCUACGACGUUCACAAACGAACGACGGCCUAUAGUGGAGUUUUCGAUAGAGAAUCUGAUGGCCAUUCGGGCAAAAGUGAGUUUUUGGGUUUACUCAAUUUCUUAA